AUGGAGAAAGAAUCCGUUUCCGUCGCAGCACCGGCUGAUGCCGCCGCUGGGGCAUCGCCGCCGCCGCUGUCUGCCCGCCAGCGCGCCCGCAACAACAUCUUGUCCGCCCGCUACGUCUUCCAGAAAAUGACAUGGCCGCUCUUCUCGGCCUGGAUGAUCUCGGCGCUCAUCAACAUCAUCUUCGGCUACGAGACCACCAGCUUCUCGGGCGUGCAGAGCAUCCCCGGGUUCACGCGCGAGUUUGGCGCCGAAACCAAGCCGGGCAGCGGCAAGUACGCCCUGUCGCCGGCGCGCGCGUCGUACACGUCCUCGACGGCCUUUGCGGGCAAGCUGGUCGGCGCGCUCGUGGCGCCGUUUCUCGUCGAGCGCUGGGGCCACAAGGUGGCCAUCUGGACGCUGGUCGUCGUCGUCUGGGUCGGCAUCAUCAUCGAGUCGACGUCCAAGUCGAUUGCCCAGUUCAUCGUCGGCCGCAUCAUCAUCUACUUUAGUGUCGGCCUUGCCGAAGUGACGUCGACUGGCUACCAGUCGGAGAUUGUGCCCGCCGCCAUGCGCGGCACCGUCGUCGGGUCGAUCCAGCUCUUCAACCUCUUUGGCCAGAUCUUUGCCGCCGGCGUCAACCGCGGCUUCUCGACCAACGCCACGCGCGCCGGCUGGAUCGUCCCCGUCGCCCUCCAGGCCGCCAUCCCCGUCCUCAUUUUUGUCGGCACCUUCUUCAUCCCCAGCUCGCCGCGCUGGCUGCUCAGCAAGGGCCGCAAGGACGAGGCCGUCGCCGUCCUGGACCGCCUCCGCCCGCAGGACGACGUGCGCGCCGGCAUGAGCCGCCUGGAGAUGGACGCCAUUGAAGAGGCCCUGGCGGCGCACAGCCAGCCCGACCGCAAAGCGCCCUGGACCGACAUGGUGCGCGGCACCAACCUGCGGCGGUCGGCCAUUGCCGUCGGCCUGCUCGGCAUCCAGCAGUUUUUGGGCCAGGGCUUCGUCUCUGGCUACUCGCCGCGCUUCUACGCCACCGUCGGCCUCUCCGCCAACGCCUUCAACUACAACAUUGGCUCCUCCACCAUUGGCUGGGGCGGCUGCCUGCUGGGCAUGCUGGCGAGCGACUUUGUCGGCCGCCGGCCCAUUCUGAUCUGGGGCGCCGUUGCCCAGACCGUGUUUUUGUUCCUUGUCGCCGGCGUCGGCCUCGCCAAGAACCCCGACGGCACCGACGGGCGCGCCCUCGUCGCCGGCGUCAUGCUCUACUUUUUCUUUUACUCGGGCACCUGGGGCCCGCUCGUGUUUACCGUCGCCGCGGAAAUGGGCGCCGCCGACCUGCGCGAAAAGACGCUCUCGCUCGGCAUUGCCCUCAACGUCGUCACGGCGUUCAUCGUCAGCUUCUGCGUCCCCUACAUCCUCAACGACAUCGGGGCCAACAUCGGCUGGGUGUUUGGCGCCAUUGCGCUCGGCUGCGCCGUCGCCACCUACCUCUGGGUCCCCGAGACCAAAGACCGCUCGCUCGAAGAACUCGACGAGCUGUUCCAGGCGCGCACGCCGGCGCGCCAGUUCAAGACCGCCGAGACCCACGGCGCCGGCAGCCGUGUCACCGCGCUGGAGACGACUGCCGGUGGGAAGCUGCAGCAGCUGGACGAGGAGAAUCCGGUGGAGGAGGUUGUGUGA